AUGGCAACGGCCAGCACCGCCCAGCCGCUCUCCUCCCUUGUCCACGCCACAUCCACCCCGCACGCUUCCUCAUCGUCCGCAACGCCAUCCACCUACGCCAAGCUCACGUUCGAUCUGCCUGAGCGCCGCUACGUUGGCAUUCUUGCGUGCCAGCGCGAUCCUCUGCUCUCCACUCUCGAGACGACCGUUACUCGUUGCGAUAAAGUUGCGCCGGUUCAUCAGGUUGCGAAGGCAAAGGGCAAGAAGGGUGCAGCGGACGCGGGGAAGACAGCAGAAGCGCCUGCGGAAGAGUGGGAGGUGGAGCUGCUCGACACGGUUCUCUUCCCUGAAGGCGGCGGCCAGAAUUCGGACAGCGGACGACUCGUCCCUCUGGUUGUAGGCCAGGACGGUCAGGCGGGCGAGCCGAUUAUCGUUCGACAAGUGCUCAGGCGCAACCUUGACGCCGUGCACUAUGUCUCAAAGCCGAUCGAGGUCGGCACGAAGGUCCGCGUCGAGGUAGACAUGGAACGUCGACGAGACUUGAUGGAUCAGCACACUGGGCAGCACCUCCUGUCUGCCGUCUUCGAGCAGGACCUCAAGCUCGACACGCUUUCCUGGUCCCUCCAGAAGUUCCCCGAGCUCUGCUACGUCGAGCUACCUCGUGCUCCGACAGCCGACGAAAUCACCUACGUCCAGAAGCGCUGCAACGACCUGAUUGGCGAAGCGCGGCCAAUCAGCGUCAGAUUCGAGCUGGCAACGUUAGAGACGGGCAUCCGGCUCGGCGAAAAAGUUCCGGAAGACUACCGAGCGGACGAGUCUGGCGAGCGACCGCCUGUACAGCGGACGGUCAUCAUCGACGAGCUCGACGAGAACCCCUGUUGCGGCACGCACUACCCCUCACUCGCCUACCUCCGCACGCUCUACAUCUCUCCCAACACGACUUCCAUCCGCGGCACGAAUGCGCGCGUAUACUUUGCCGUCGGCGCCCCUCGUCUCCUCGCCUACCUCUCCUCCAUGCACACUGCAGCGCGCGAAGCCGCACUCUCCGCCGGUUGCGCCAUCCCCGACCUGCCUACCAAAGUCGAAGGACUCGUCAACGGCGUGAGUGACGGCAGGCGGAACCAGAAGCGGUUGGCGGGCGAGUUAGCGAGUUGGGUUGCGAAGGACUUGUGGGAGCAGGCGACGAAGGCGGAGGGCCAGACGCUCAAGGCGCUCUCGUUCAGGGAGGAAGACGCGACGAACUCGCUCGAGUUUCUCUCGUCCAUCUCGCUCGAGCUCAAGCCGCGCAUCGAGGCGCUUCCGGCGGACGCGAACAAGCACCUCUUUGUCCUCGCUUCGGGCGCGACAGCCGGUUCGCCGAACGCUGCGAGUGCUGGAGGAUCAGUCUUGAUUGUCGGGUCGGACGACUUGGUGAUGCAGGCGGGGAAGAAGGUUGUUGAGGUCUUUGGCAAGGAGCGGAUCAAGGGCGGAGGGAAGGGUAGGUGGCAGGGAAAGUUGACGGGCAGGUGGGAGAACGGCGAUGACCUGUUGCUGAAGAAGGUGCUGGACGAGAUUGCGGCCUAG